GAACCACACACAUAAAACCUUAUCUGUUACAAAAAAAAUGUUUAUGUUUUUCUUCAUAAAUGUAUAAAACCUUGUAUCAGUUUACGUUGCAUGGCCGCAACGGAAAACAAAUCCGCCAAUGGAAGCGGCUCUGAGCAUCUUCAAGCUCUCGUUCCUUCUCACCCUUCUCUCCGGCGGUUCAGACCUUAUCGACUCGUUGCCGCCGAAUUGUAACCGAGCCGAGUGUCCGAGUUAUGAGGUUGUCCACGCCGGGAAUGGCUACGAGAUUCAUCGCUACAACACCACCGUUUGGAUUUCUACCGAACCAAUUCAAGAUAUCUCUCUCAACGAAGCUUCUGGCAACGGUUGGAACCAAUUGUCUGAUUACAUGAACGGGAACAACGAUUAUCACCAGAGGAUAGAGAUAGCACUUCCUUAUAUCACCCAAGUCUCUCAGAACUUGAGCACCUUCAUAGUCUCUUUCUUCGUUCCCAAGGCAUUCCAACCUGAUCCACCUCCGGGAAACAACCUCCACGUACAGAGAUGGGACUCGAGGUACGUGGCGGUGAAGCAAAUUAGUGGAUAUGUUGCGGAUCAUAAAAUUGGAAAACAAGUGGCUGAGCUGAAGGCGAGCCUACAAGGUACCGUAUGGGCCAAGGCAAUUGAGAAAAGCAGAGAAACCGGCGGUGUCGGAUCGGCUUGGGCUUACACGGUGGCGCAAUUUAGCUGGCCGUUCCAGUGGAGUCAGCGGGUCAAUGAGAUUUGGUUUCCGUUUGAAAUGGAAGAUGAAGAAACUGUUAGUAUCGUUACUCAGUGAACAAAAAAAUGAACACUUUUUUAUCUUUUUAUGGUGUAGUGACAAAGCAAAGCCAUUGAGAUAAGCCUAUCUCCUAAAAGUUGUUAAAUAACUGUCCAUUGUCUUACUCUGGUCAGCACAUUCCCUAAAGAAAAGAAAAUCAAAAGAGUACUUUUUUC